UGAAAAGGGGACAAAAGAACGCGUGUACUCCCGUAUCAGUCUGCUGCAUCUGCUUUUUUCUUCACUGUUUUUUUUUUGGUUUCUUUCCGUGACCUUUCUCUGUGUGGAUUUACCGGGCUGCUGAACGACAUGAGGCUGGACAGCAGGGGUGCAGGGAUGCCCGGUGUUUCCAAAGAGGUUCUUCCAUGCCUGUUUACAGCCGUUCUGCUGCUCUGUGGCAUCUGGGAUGCUCGAGGACAAACUACAGCCACCACAAAGUCAGUGUACGUCUGGGAAACAGGGCCCUGGGGCAGGUGUAUGGGCAGUGAGUGUGGUCCGGGCGGGAGUCAGAGCCGGGCGGUGUGGUGUGCCCAUAUAGAGGGCCGGAUCUCCCUCCAUACCAACUGCCUGCAGGCCGACCGGCCCGACAACCAGCAGAGCUGCUUCCGCGUGUGCGACUGGCACAAAGAGCUGUACGACUGGAAGCUGGGCGAGUGGGGAGACUGUGUGCCCGUGCCCCUCAGGACCUGGGCGGGGCAGCGGCCGACCGUGUGCACGCGGGGCGAGGAGGGCAUCCAGACGCGGGAGGUGGGCUGCCUGCGGAAGGCCAACGGGACCCCCGCUGAGGACGUCAUCUGCGAGUACUUCGAGCCCAAGCCGCGGCUGGAGCAGGCCUGCCUCAUCCCCUGCCCCCAGGACUGCGUGCUGUCCGACUUCACCCCCUGGACCGCCUGCUCUAAGACCUGCGGGACGGGCCUGCAGAACCGCGUGCGCGCCGUCCUGGCCCCUCCGCUGUUCGGGGGGUCCUCCUGCCCCAACCUGACCCAGUUCCAGACGUGCCAGCCCGGGCCCUGCCCGGGGGAGGAGAGCAUGUACAGCCUGAAGGUGGGGCCGUGGGGCUCCUGCUCCCUCCCCCACAGCAGGCCGGCACGGCAGGCCAAGCGCAGGAAGAACAAGGAGCGCAAACGGGAGAAGGCCAGGGACCCGGAGACCCGAGAGCUCAUCAAGAAGAAGCGCACCCGCAACAGGCAGAACCGGCUGGAGACCCGCUUCUGGGACCUGCAGAUCGGCUACCAGACCCGGCAGGUCACCUGCAUUCACAGGAGUGGGGACUCCGCAGAGCCCAACUUGUGUGUCCAGCAGGCCCUCCCCAUGACGUUCCAGUCUUGCGUGCUCACUAAGGACUGCGAGGUGGACGAGUGGGCGGACUGGGGGCCCUGCUCCAGGGACUGCUACGACCCCGGGGCCCCCAGCGGGGACCGAUCACGCAUGCGGCGCGUGCAGCAGUUCCCUGUGGGAGGAGGGGCAGAGUGUCCUGAGCUGGAGGAGUCAGAGACCUGUACCCCUGAAGGAGACGGCCUGCCACCCUGUCCAACUUACAGCUGGAGGACUACAGAAUGGAGUGAAUGCAGAGUGGACAUGUUACUAAGUCAACAGGACAGACGUCGUGGCAACCAGACUGGGCUGUGUGGAGGUGGUGUCCAGAGCAGGGAGGUCUACUGUGUCCAGGCCAACGCCGACCUACUGUCCUACCUCAACAAUCUCAAGGACAAAGAAGAGGGUCAGUCUGAAACCAAGCAGAAGCCCAGUGUCCCUCCUCUCCUCUCAAUCUCCUUUGAAAUUACAGUGUCCAAUCCAGUGGACAAGAAGCUGUGCCAGGAUGCGGUCCCAAACACCACUCAGCUGUGUCACAUCGCCUGUCCCAUCGAGUGCGAGGUGUCCUCAUGGUGUGCCUGGGGGCCCUGCACCUUCGAAAGCUGUGAGGAGCAAGCGGGAAAGAAGGGCUUCAAGCUGAGGAAACGGAGCAUUAGAAACACCCCCACUGGUGGAGUGGGGAACUGCCCCCACCUGGUGGAGGCCAUACCCUGCGAUGAGCCAAGCUGCUAUGAGUGGCAGCUAGUGAGGCUGGAGGAGUGUGUCCCUGACGGAGAGAAGGAGUGCGGACCCGGAACACAAAUCCCGCAAGUCCACUGCAUUAACAGUGACGGCAGCUCAGUGGACAGACAGCUGUGCCAGGAUGCCAUCUAUCCUGUCCCCAUCGCCUGUGAGGUGCCCUGCCCUAAAGACUGUGUCCUCAGCCCCUGGUCCUCCUGGUCCCUGUGCUCCCACACCUGCUCUGGCAAGACCACCGAGGGCAGACAGAUGAGAGCACGCUCCAUCCUGGCGUACAACGCUGGAGAAGGGGGGCUUCACUGUCCUAACAGCAGUGCCCUGCAGGAGGUGCGGAGCUGCAACGACCACCCCUGCACGGUCUAUCACUGGCAGACGGGCUCCUGGGGCCAGUGCAACGAGGACACCUCCGCCACCGCCGGCAACGGCACGGCUCCGGGACCCGGCGAGUCCUCCUGCUCUGUGGGCAUGCAGACCCGGAAGGUCAUCUGUGUCCGGGUCAACGUGGGACAGGUGCCCCCCAAAAAGUGCCCGGAGAGUCUUCGCCCUGAAACGGUGCGGUCCUGUCUGCUUCCGUGUAAGAGGGACUGCACCGUAACUCCCUUCAGCGACUGGAGCACGUGUCCUUCCACCUGCCAAACAGGUGGGAACGUGAAGAAGAAGCAGUCUCGGAAUCGCGUCAUUAUCCAACUUCCUGCCAACGGGGGACAGGACUGCCCUGAGCUCCUGCAUGAAGAGAAAGAGUGCGAGUCCCCAUCCGUUUGUCAGGGAUACCGUUGGAGGACCCACAAGUGGCGUCGAUGCCAGCUGGUACCAUGGCAUAUUCGUCAGGACAGCCCAGGGGCCCAGGAGACAUGUGGACCAGGCCUCCAAACACGAGCCAUCUCAUGUCGGAGGCAGGAUGGCGGGCAGGCAGACAUUGCAGAGUGCCUGAAGUUGGCCACUUUAAUGCCCCCUAUCACCCAGCCAUGCCAGCUCCUGUGCCAGGAUGACUGCCAGCUCUCCAGCUGGUCAAAGUUCUCGCCCUGCACAUCUGACUGCUCAGCAGUCCGGACACGCAAGAGGGUGCUUGUGGGCAAGAGCAAAAAGAGAGACAUGUGUAAGAACACCCAGAUCUAUCCCCUGAGUGAGACACAGUACUGCCCUUGUGACAAGUACAAAGCCCAACCAGUGGGCAACUGGUCUGACUGCGUCCUCCCUGAGGGCAGAGUGGAAGGCAUUCUGGGAAUGAAGGUCCAGGGUGACAUCAAGGAGUGCGGUUCGGGCUACCGCUACCAGGCUGUGGCAUGUUACGACCAAAAUGGCCGCCUCGUGGAGACGUCACGGUGCAACAGCCAUGGAUACAUUGAGACAGCGUGCAUCAUACCCUGUCCUUCAGACUGUAAGCUGAGUGAGUGGUCGAACUGGUCUCGCUGCACUAAGUCAUGUGGCAGCGGGGUCAAGGUCCGGUCCAAGUGGCUAAGAGAGAAACCAUACAAUGGUGGACGACCCUGUCCCAAACUCGACCAUGUCAAUCAGGUGUAUGAGAUGGUGCCGUGUGUCAGUGACUGCAGUCAGUACGUCUGGGUGGCUGAGCCCUGGAGCGUCUGGAAGGUCAGUAAUGUGGACCUGAAGGAGAACUGCGGAGAGGGCGUGCAGACCAGAAAAGUCAGGUGUAUGCUCAACACCAUCGAUGGGCCUUCUGACGCGGUUGAGGAUUACCUGUGUGACCCCGAGGAGAUGCCGCUCGGGGCCCAGGGGAGCCAGCUCCCGUGUCCGGAGGACUGUGUUCUGUCCCACUGGGGCCCCUGGAGCCGCUGCAGCCUGCCAUGCAAUGAGAAGAGCAGUCGAGAAAGGACAGCGUAUGCUAUCCGCCAGCCAGGAAUGGGAAAAGAGUGCCCUGCCACCACACAGACUGAAGUGUGUAGCCUGAAUAAGAACUGCUACCACUACACCUAUAACAUCACAGAUUGGAGCACCUGCCAGCUGAGUGAGAAAGCUAUCUGCGGGAAUGGCUUCAAGACACGCAUGCUGGACUGUGUACGCAGCGACGGCAAGUCCGUCGACCUCAAGUACUGUGAGGAGCUGGGACUGGAGAAGAGGUGGCAUAUGAACACGUCCUGCACGGUGGAGUGCCCAGUCAACUGCCAGCUGUCCGACUGGUCACCCUGGUCCCAGUGCUCACACACCUGUGGGCUCAUAGGGAAACUGGGGCGCAGGAGGGCGGUGAUCCAGGCUUCCCAGGGGGACGGGAGGCCCUGCCCAGGGCAGAUGGAGCAGUGGAAGCCCUGCCCCGUCCGGCCCUGCUACAGAUGGCAGUACAGCCGGUGGUCAGACUGCAUGGUGGAGGGCGCUAGGUGUGGCGAGGGCCUUCGCUUCCGGAACAUAUCGUGCUUCGUGGCGGAUGGCUCCAGGGACAGCGAGGGGCGCAUGGUGGAUGAGGAGCUCUGUGGUGAUCUGGAGCCGGCAGUAGACGGAGACAAACAGAUCGUCUUGGAGGAAGCCUGUACUUUGCCCUGCCCAGGUGACUGCUACCUGAAUGACUGGACAGUCUGGAGCCCGUGCCAGACCAGCUGUGUGAAGGGGGAAGAUCUGGGGCUGGGUUCGGUCCAGGUCCGAUCCCGGGCUGUCAUCGCUCAGGAGCCAGAGAACCUGCAGCAGUGUCCGGAGCAGGAGUGGGAGUCUCAGCCCUGCACUGAUGGGGAGUGUUACGAGUACCAGUGGAUGAACAGCGCAUGGAGAGGGUCAUCUCGCCUGGUGUGGUGCCAGCGCUCCGAUGGACUCAAUGUCACAGGUGGUUGCCCGCUCACCAAUCAGCCGAUGUCAGACAGGUCAUGUGACCCGCCGUGCGAGAAGCCGCAGUCCUACUGCUCUGAGGCCGGGGCGUGCGUGUGUGAGGAGGGCUUCACGGAGGUGAUGACGUCGGACGGCCUGCUGGACCAGUGCACCCUGAUCCCCGUGCUGGAGAUCCCCACCGCCGGGGACAAGAAGGCCGACGUGAAGACCAGCCGCGCCGUCCACCCGACCCAGCCCACCACCAGCCAGCCCGGCCGAUCCGGCCGCACCUGGUUCCUGCAGCCCUUCGGAGCGGAUGGUAAGCUGAAGACGUGGGUGUAUGGGGUGGCUGCAGGGGCUUUUGUGCUCAUCAUUUUUAUAGUCUCCAUGAUCUACCUUGCUUGCAAAAAGCCAAAGAAACCGCAGAGGAGACAAAACAACAGACUGAAGCCUCUCACCCUGGCCUACGAUGGCGAUGCUGACAUGUAGACCCCCGGGGCUGGGGCCACGGACCCCCAGUACACCAGUCACAGGAGUGUCAUAUCUCCAUCAUCAGCACUGCCUGUCACGGUGACAUGAGGAAUUGGGAAAAGAUGGCCGACUUUCUUUCAGAUGGAACACACAACCUCGAGAGUAAAGCGGGAUAAGGGAGACACUGCACAAGGAAGCCAUGCUGGAGUACAGCACGCCCAUGUUCAUCAGGAGCCUGUUUCUUUUUUCCAGUCAUUAUUUUUGAAUAUUCUGUUGCACGAGAGCCUUUACAAACUCUUCAGACUAAAGGGAACCUGCCUUUACUUUCCUCCUCUUUGUUUUGCUGUAAUAUAAACUGCUUUCAAAGUGAAGGCUGCUGCAGGGAGUCCAUCAAACAUAUUUCUUUACUUUCCUGAGGAAUCGCGGUCGAGAUGCGUCUUCCCCUGCUGGUGUUUGCCAACAGAGGGUGAAGUGCGAGCUGGGCCAGGAUAGGGGUGACACACUGCCAAACGUCACUGAGGAGAGGAGAAGGGCUUCAUGGGAAUCAAACUCCGUCACUGAGGAGAGGAGAAGAGCUUCAUGGGAAUCAAACUCCAGCCACUGAAGCUGCAUCAUAUCUGGACCUGGCCAGUUUUAAAGAUGGUGAUGGAAGAACAUUAAAAACAGAACACAGACAGGUUCUUUUCUUCUUCUUUUCUUCAUUGUCCCUGCGGCAUCCGUUCUUUGGAAGAUGAAAAAUGUACAAAUCUUGAACGCUGUCAAUAUUUACUGAAACUUCUGCCUGCCUCCCUGUUCUUCAUUUCAGGCACAAUCUUUGCACUAUAUUAGUGCAGCAUGAUAUGCACUUAUAUCUAGUAUUGCCAUAGAAAACUGCCUCUCUCAAAACAGGAUGAUGUACAGCCAUGCUAGAAAUGUAUAAAAACUAGACCUUUUUCAUGGAACGCGAUAUUUACUGACAGCGACUGGAAAACUGAUAAAAUAUGUUGUGCUACAGGAUGGAAUUCAGUGUAAAUAUGUAUAUAUAUCAAAAAAGAAAAGUUCCUGUCACAACACCAUUUUUUAAAUGCCAGUAACUUUUUGUGGUCUGUAUAGUUGCAGUCUGAUGAGUGUCUUGUUUUCUGCCCAAUUGACUUGUUUCUUAUACUGUGAUUUGAAGGCUGUUUACAAUUUCUUAUUUUAUAUCUGUUCAGGUUUUUUCCCCACUGAUGACAAUAGCACAACAGUAUUUUGAUUAUGAAGAUCCAAACCAUGUGACAAACCUUUGUACGAUCUACAGACACCACUAUGUGGAGUAACAUGGCUUCGCACAACAAGAUAUCUAAUCUGCCUUAUUGUCUUUACUGGAAAAAUGUCAUAAUUGUUUGUCAUCUCAAAGCUCCCUCAGAUGAUUGUUUUUGUCUUUGUUUAGCUGAUGUCCUUAUCUAAGGCAGCUUGCAGUGCUGAUGUAGUAUAUGUUUACACAGCUGGCCAGUUUAAUGAAACUUCAGUACCCUGUUCAAGUGUGCAAGACUGCCCCCUGUGGCAUUCAGACAGACAGCCUUCUGGUUCAACCUCGCCAUUACAGCACACCCCCACAGUUUAAUUCAUUUGUUACCCCUUCCCCGUGUAUAAAUAAUGGAUUUUAUUCUCACAAUAAUAUACAAACAACAAUUGUUUGUCUAACUGAUUUGUUGUGGGGCAGUCUGAUGUGUAAUCACAGAACACAAUCCAAUUAGACAUCUUAUUAUUUGAUUUUCUAAUCUUUCAUCCAUUCAUAAUAGUAGAUAUGAAUUUAGUGUGAAUGUAAGGAGCUAUGCUUUUUCGCUUACAUGUCACAUUAUUUUAUGAAAGCUUUUGAAAAUAGCAACAACAAAUACCAACUGCUUAUUCUUUAUGCUUAUUCUAAUGACAACCCCUUGGUUCAGCAAUUUGCCUACUUAACAAGUGUCAGGAAUUAUUUCUCCUAAGGUACAUUGUAACUUCUCUUUGCUGUAAACUCCUCUGUUAAUAAAAACAAAUCCCAAAACAGGGUUCUCAAAUCAAUCUAGUUCGUAUACUUCCACCAAAAUGAAAUAUUUAAUAUUGCAAUUUAUUUUUAAAUGUUGCCAUUUUAAUUUCAAAAAGUACUAUUCAAUUGCUAACACAGAUUAUCUUUCGGGUUAGGAAGUGUGGAGUCAGACCCAUUAAGAAUGGCUGUUAAUGGGAUGAUGCUGAGGUCUUUUGUUCUGUUCAUACGGUUACCGUAUGCCAUACAAUCGCGCCCACUCACACCCUCCAUCUCUGAUGAAGAAUGAGCCCUCUUACGUGCCAACACCCAGCUCACACAGUAUCCCAGAGUGUGGCUGCAGGUCCUGGGAACACUUCCUGAUUUACACCGGCAUUAAAGCUGUCCUUCCCAAUCCCAGUUGUUUAUGCAAGGGAACGAGUUGCUCUGUGUGCUGUUAAAUGUUAGAUGCACACGAACAUUUAAAAUUAAUUUUUUAACAAAGGUAUCUGCAUCCCCCUCCCCCAUUCUCUGCCCAUGAAUUCAGGCUGCUGUUUAAAAAGAGUUCAUCUUCACCAGCCUUGCAGUUGGUUUUGAGGUCAGUUGCUGUGAGGAAUGUUAACUUUUUUUUUUUGCUUAUUUUUGAGUUGUAAAUAACAACAAACUAUUUUUUAUUUUUUUUGAAUGACAUAUUAUGUAUAUUUAUUUUGUAUUGCACUGAAACAUUUAGUACAAACCUCUCAAAGUGUGUGUGCGUGUGUGAUGUUACUGAUCUUUGUUCAGAUUAUACAGAUUAUGUGUGGGGAAGAAGAGGUACAGAAACAAGGCUCUGUCAUUUUUUGUACAGGUUGUUUAUAUAUGUAUCUGAUGAAUUGCUAAUAAUAAAUGAUGAAAAUCA